CGCAUCAUUCUCCACAACGUUUCUUCCUAGUCCUAGGCAAAGCGGCGCUAUAUAUAUCCCUUGCCUUCUCUGGCUGCGCGAAAUGCCGGUGAAAUUAUAGAUUCAAACGACGACGUUCAUUGAUUACCGGCAGAUCCACAAUCGGUAGAAUCGAAAACGACGCACGGAUAGACAGGGAGAGAGAGAGAGAGAGGUGAGAAUCGGAAGGAAAUGGGGGCUUACAGGGCUGAUGAUGACUACGACUACUUGUUCAAGGUAGUGUUGAUAGGGGACUCAGGUGUGGGGAAAUCUAACCUGCUCUCUCGAUUCACGAGGAACGAGUUCAGCCUCGAAUCUAAAUCCACCAUCGGAGUCGAAUUCGCCACCCGCAGCAUCCACGUCGACGACAAGGUCGUCAAGGCUCAGAUUUGGGACACCGCCGGCCAAGAACGAUACCGUGCGAUUACAAGUGCUUACUAUCGAGGAGCAGUGGGUGCAUUGCUUGUCUAUGAUGUUACUCGACAUGUCACAUUCGAGAAUGUGGAGAGAUGGUUAAAGGAGCUUCGGGAUCACACUGAUUCCAACAUUGUGAUCAUGCUUGUUGGAAACAAGGCUGAUUUACGUCAUUUGCGUGCAGUUUCCACUGAGGAUGCCAAGGCUUUUGCUGAGAGGGAAAACACCUUUUUCAUGGAGACCUCUGCACUUGAAUCGUUGAAUGUAGAGAAUGCCUUCACUGAAGUGCUUACUCAGAUUUAUCGCGUGGUGAGCCGUAAGGCUCUUGACAUCGGUGAUGACCCUGCAGCCUUACCCAAAGGACAAACGAUCAACGUUGGCACUAAAGAUGAUGUAUCAGCUGUGAAGAAAGUUGGAUGCUGUUCAGCAUAAUGUCCCUGGAACUAGUGGUUUUCCAAUCUUAGUUUAAUGGGGUUUCAAGAAAAUGGAGUCCACAGCAUAUCGUUCACAGAGAAACUACAAAUCUUGUCAGAUUCAUGGUUUCGACUUUCAACCGAAGAGGCUUUCCCACAUUUAGUGCAAACUUAUCUGUUACAUUUUCCCUCCCUUUUCUGGUUUAUGAAUUAUGGUUUGUCUUGCUUGUUUGAUUGUUUACUGGUAUUUUCAAAGUUUAUAGGAUGUCUGUAGGUUAUAUUUUAUUCUUCAGCGCUAGAUUUGGAUCUAUAUUGACAAUGGUGUUCUCUCCUACUUGAUUAAUCUGACUAUGUAGAUUUAUAUUCUAGCUUGAUCAACUGACAACAAAUCUGAUUCUUCGA